AUGCUUAUGCGGCGCCAACACAAGUUACACCAAACUCAUCAUAAGUCAAAGGCAGCCAAAGAGCGAGGAGCGGCGUGGCGCCAACAGAAUCAAUCAAAGAACAACCGGUCAGAUUUAAACCAACAACAACCACAACGCGACAACACAAAGAACAAUAAAAAUUCAUGUUUUCAUUGCGGUAAGCCAAAUCACGACUUCAUCAAUUGUAAGUAUAAGUCAUAUACUCGUAAGUGUAAAAUUUGUUCUAAGGUGGAACAUUUGGCAACCAUUUGUAAAAAUAAAAAGUUGAUAGAUAAUGUAGAGGUCAUGAGCGACGACUGUAUUGACUAUUUGGAUGAAUUCAAUUUGUUUAAGAUUAAGCCUGAUACUAAACCGUUUCAAGAUGCUCACAUACCCCCUGAAUUAAUAGCAGUUGAGGUUAAUAAUAAGAAUUUUAUCCCUUUCCCAAAAUUGAGGAGUUAUUUGCAAGCGUACAAGGUGGUGAAAAGUUCUCUAAGUGUCAAACCAGCUACAGCCAUCUUUCAAAGUGAGGUAGAGAAAGUUUUUAAAGAUUGUCUCUUUACAGCUAAUCUAUUGGAUGACUUAAUUGUAACAGGUAGGAAUGACAAGGAACACUUCGAAAAUUUAAGGGAAGUUUUUAAGCGUUGUAAAGAAGCUGGAUUUCAACUUAAUAAAGACAAGYGUCAGUUCUUUAAAACCCAAGUCGAGUACUUAGGACAUGUAAUUGUUAAAGAGGGGUUAAAAACAACUCCACUUUAUAAUCUACUUAAAAAAGAGAUACCAUUUAUUUGGAAUGAUCAAUGUUCAAAAGCUUUUGUUAAGGAGCUGUCAUUUCUCAUAAAUUUCCAGACUCAUCUGAGCGACGCAUCACGCACAUUGACUAGUGCUGAGAAGAACUAUUCUGUUAUUCACAAGGAAGCGUUAGCAAUUAUUUGGGGAAUAGCUAAAUUCUAUCAAUACUUAAAAGGUAGAGAAUUCAUUAUUAGAUCUGAUCACAAACCUCUGAUACCAUUACUUGGAGAAAAUAAUCCAAUUCCUAAAAUGGCAUCAGGACGAUUACAAAGAUGGGCAUUUUUCCUUUCAGGAUUUAAUUAUCAUAUUGAGUACAUUAAAGGCUCAACAAAUACCAUAGCAGACAGCCUAUCUCGCUUACCAUGUGCAUGUCUAGAGAGUGAUGAACAACUAACUGAGGUAGGGAAUAACACUGAUGUUUUAAACUGGGUAGAAGGAUAUUUACCUGUUAGUUUUUUACAGAUUAAAGCUGAAACAGCUAAAGAUAAAAUUUUACAAAAAGUAAUAAAAGAUGAAUUAGUGAUAGAAGAUAAUAUAUUAGUGUGGGGUUACAGAAUAAUUAUACCUUAUAGUCUAAAGGAGUUACUUUUAAAAGAAUUACAUAGUUCUCACCUUGGCAUCGUUAAAAUGAAAUCUAUGGCUCGUUCAUACUUUUGGUGGACAUAUAUAGAUUCUGACAUUGAACGUACAGCCAAAAGUUGCUCUCUAUGCUUAGAAAGUAGACCUGAACCACAAAAAUGUAUUCUAACUAAAUGGCCAAAAUCACUACAUGUCUUUGAGCGCAUUCAUAUGGAUUAUUUAGGGACCAAGUGGCCAGAAGUAUUCGAAGUAGCCAACGCUGAUACAUUUAAUACAUUAGAGAAACUUAAAGAAACAUGUGCUAGGUUUGGUCUCCCUGAUACUAUAGUUUCUGAUAACGGUACCCCCUUCACAUCUAAUGAGUUCAGCCAGUUUUGUAAAACUAAUGGUAUUAAACACUUGACCUCCCCUCCGUUUCACCCUGCUAGUAAYGGUGCAGCAGAGAAUGCCGUCAAAAACUUCAAGUUAAGUUUCAGUAAAAUUAUGAAAGAAAGUAAAAUGUCAGUUCACUCAGCAAUACAGAAAUAUUUAUUUUUCUAUAGGAAUAGUGAGCACAGUGCAACUGGUUAUACUCCAUCUAAAUUAAUGUUUAAGAGAGAUGUUAGAACUAGAUUUGAUAGGAUAAGGAAUAGUGACAAAAAUAGUGACAAAGCAACUAAUUGA